GAGUGCGUUGAGAGGAGUGGUGGUGUGGUGCCCUCUGCGAUUUUGUUGUAUCUAGUGAGCUGGUUGUGGAUUUUGCUUUUGAUUGGUUUGUGUGUGAGCUUGUGUGUGUCUAGAUCUGUGUGUGUUUGGGGGGAGGGUUGCUUGUGUGUGUGUGUGUGUGUGUAUGUGUGUGUGUGUAGUAUGUGUGUUGUGUUUUAAGUUUACAUGCAUGUGAGUACCUGCUUGUGUGUGUGUGUUCAUUGUGUUUUAAGUUUACUUGUGUGUGAGUACCUCUUUGUGUGUGUGUGUAGAUAUACCUGUGGGUGACUGUGGGUGAAUCUGUGUGUGUGUGUGAGCACGAGUGUGUGUGUGUUUGUGACCUGUAAGUACACGUGUGGUAGGUGUGAGAACACCUGUGUGAGGGAAAGAUUUGAGGCCUUCAGUCAGCUUGGCCAUUGUUUCUAAGGUAGCAUUAAUACUUUGUUACCUCAAAUGAGCUCUGAGAGCGAACAAGAGUCAGAAAAGCUCAGAUCGGAGCCCAGCCCCUCUGGCACGGAGAGUUUCCACUCUCAAUAUGUAGUUUUAAAUACCAUCGGUCAGGGGGGGUACGCCAAAGUCAAGCUGGCGAAGCACCGCCUCACAGGCAAGCUCGUGGCUGUCAAAAUAAUCCGCAAGAGGCAGCAAUGGUGCCAUCCGGUCACCUCCGAGGUCGAAAUAUUGAAGAUGACCAACCAUCCCAAUAUCAUCUCUCUCUUUCAAGUCAUUGAGACUAAGAAGAGAAUAUACCUCAUCAUGGAAUUGGCAGCGGGUAAACCGCUGUACCAACACAUCCUAGAAGCUGGUUACCUGCGGGAGGAUGAGGCACGAAAAAUAUUCAAACAAAUAUUAAGUGCUAUGAGCUACUGCCAUGACCAGGGGAUCAUUCAUAGAGAUUUAAAAGCAGAUAAUAUUAUGAUAGACAAUAAUGGAAAAAUAAAAAUUAUUGAUUUUGGGCUUGGCACCCAAGUGAAGCCUGGUCAACUGCUGAGCUUUCACUGCGGGACCUAUGUAUUUAGUUCUCCCGAGGUAGUCCUCGGGAGACUGUAUGAUGGCACCAAGAUCGAUGUAUGGACCCUAGGGGUUCUUCUGUACUGCAUGACAACGGGAAGGGUCCCCUUUGAUGGUGCCAACACACCACAGUUGCGAAGGAAGAUUUUGUUAGGAAAGUAUUCUAUCCCCCAUCACCUGUCACUAGAGCUCGAGGACAUGAUUAGUUACCUACUGACAAUGAACCCAAAACACCGACCGACAAUCAAGGAAGCAAUGAUGCAUCCUUGGCUCACAGAGGACUCAGAGGAUCUCCCGGAUUUUUAUGAGAAACCGAUCCCCCUCAGGCCAGACCCAGCCAUUGUAAAAGCCAUGGAACAUCUUGGAUUUCAAGCAGAAGACAUUGAAGACUCACUAUGCCAUAAAAAAUACAAUCAGGCCAUGGCGUCAUAUUGUUUUUUCAAAGAGCAGGCUGGUCAGGAGUGUGACAGCCCUACCCCAGCUCAACCCAUGAAUCCAUCAAUAACACCAUACACUUCGUGGGAUUAUCCUGCUACUUUCUGCCCAGAACUAAAGAGAAGAAGCGAGCCCAUCUUGUUUUCUUCCUCCUCCAACAGCCAAAUGGCUACUCAUGGCCAGAAGCCUAAGCAGAAAGAAGACCGAAGGGUCAGUUGGCCUGGUGUUCCUCCCUGCAGGUCACUCCAGACUACACCAACAAUGGGCCAAGCCCACAUACCUCUUAGGAGUGUCCCCUUCAGGUACUCAAUGCACAGCACCAGUGCCUCAGCAGAACACAAGCCUGUCCCCAGCAGGGGCCAGCGCACAGGAUUCAAAGGUUGGGUCAGAAAGAUAGGAAAUGCUCUAAGGAGUCUCUGUUGUUGUAUACCAGCAAGAAAGAAACGUCGCCUGGGGGAGAAGAGAGUCUCCCCACAGACAUAAAACACCAGGAGCGCAUCCGGAGAACAAGCAUCCCGCCUGGCCCAGGUACAUUUCUGUAUUUGAUUGUAUCUAUUUUACUCAAGUCUUUGUCAAAUGGCAGAUUAUAAUCAUGAGUGUAUUGUACCAGGCAUGGGGAAGCUAUGUCUAGACACCACAAGAUGAUGGUUAAAUGGAAUCUACCAACAGAUCUAGCAUCCCAGAAGGUCACUCCCAUGCAUAUCCUGAGCAUGGGAAAUUUAAUAAAGGUUGAACUAGCAGACAGCAGGUGGGUACUGACCAUGCUAGGAGGAGGAAGUAGGAGAAGGAAGAGGAAGAUGCUGAGGGACAAGAGGGGCUGUGGACUGGGAACUAGGAGAUUGGAGGAAGAGGUUUAGACAGGAGGAGGCAGCUUGGGGAGCAGUGUGGAACAGGGUGACCACAGCUGGAGAGAUGUCCUGUGCAGCUGAGGUUCCCAGAGUCCCUCUCACAUGUGUUGUUGCCUUUUAGAAGAUCACUAGAGGAUGCCGGAUGCUACAAUUCUACAGUCACAGUGUUGGAGAGGACCCAUGUGCAGACACCGACCUGCAGGAGAGAGCCUUGUGGAAAGCCAUCAUGUUCCAGGUCCACCACACUUUUCUCAGAGCCCAGGGUCCAGCCAGGAGGAAGGGAGCAAAUGAUGAAAUUCCAGGUGGCAGGAAGAAUGAAAUCCUACCUCAAAGGCAUCACUAUUCGGGGCAGUGGCUGAAAUCCUUUCCAAAACUGGUAGAAACAGGAGGCCCUCUGCCUACCCGGGGUCAUAUCAGACCCUUCCUCCCGUGCACGUUCCCGCCUCACUCUUAGUAGAAGACUGAAGGCUUCUUGACAUGUUUGUUAUGAUGCAGAGAAUAAAAUAGACGUUUGUGAAAGAUG